AUGUCUUCUUUUUUACUCGAGCAGCUCUCGAGCAAGUCGGCAGUAGAUGAGGCCAUUCGCAGCACCAAAAAUCGCGUAUUAGUAAUACGCUUUGGUCGAGCUUCGGAUAUUUCUUGUAUGCAGCAGGAUAAUAUUCUGGCCAGAUGCGAGCGCGAGUUGUCGAAAAUGCAUAUAAAAGUAGACUAUGGUACACCUGACAAUACCAAGUUUAUCGGCGCUUUUUGGACAAAACAAGACUUUAUCGACCUCGUCGAGGUUAUAUAUAGAGGUGCAAAACGUGGGAAGUCGAUUGUGAAUUGCCCAAUUCAGAAGUCGCACAUUCCACACGGCUGUUCAUGCUAA